CCUGAAACCGGUUCCGAACAGGGAGGAUACCCUGAGAGAAGGGGCGGUGUGACGCAUGUUGCGCGUGUUGAAGUGUGCGCACGCGCAGUAUGUACACCGGCGACUUCUACGCAGUGGAGAGUGUCAGAGUUAUCGAGCAGGAGAACUUUAUUCCAGGGUCAAAGGUUACAUUGUGAGGAACAACACAACGGCCACAGUGAGAUCAGAGCAGGGGGAGCUGAGCACUUCCUCCCCAUCCCACACUGCUCCUUCAUCUUCAUCAUCAUCAUCAGUUAUGGAUGUUGCACUGGCUCACCCGGUGUUGAAGGCGUUCAUGUGUGGUUCUCUCAGUGGAACCUGUUCCACAUUGCUGUUCCAGCCGCUGGAUCUGGUAAAAACACGCCUGCAGACUCAACAGAACAGCAAACAACCUGGUGGUGGGAAGGUGGGAAUGCUGCGUGUGUUCAUCACAGUGGUUCAGAAGGAAAAGCUUUUUGGUCUGUGGAAGGGUGUGUCACCGUCGUUCAUGCGCUGUAUUCCAGGUGUAGGGAUUUAUUUCAGCACGUUCUUCUCCCUGAAGCAGUAUUUUUUCGAGCAGCGAGCUCCAGGAGCGUGUGAUUCAGUGAUGUUGGGUGCAGCAGCCCGUUGUGUGGCGGGAAUCACCAUGCUGCCCUUUACGGUCAUCAAAACACGCUUCGAGAGUGGGCGUUAUAACUACAGCAGUGUGUGUGGAGCAUUAAGGAGUGUGUGUGAGACCGAGGGACCGAGAGCUCUGUACUCUGGUCUCACAGCUACACUGUUCAGAGACGCUCCGUUCUCCGGCAUCUACGUCAUGAUCUACAGCCAGAGCAAGGGGCUGCCGAGCGAGCUGGGAUCGUCAGGUUUGGCUCCUUUGCUGAAUUUCGGUUGUGGUGUGUUUGCGGGGAUUUUGGCAUCCAUGGUGACACAGCCAGCUGACGUUGUGAAAACACACAUGCAGGUCAACCCAACACGCUACUGUACAACACGCCAUACCCUACAAGUCAUCUACACUGAACAUGGGCUCAGAGGUUUUUUCCGUGGGGCUGUUCCACGCUCACUGAGGAGAACUCUGAUGGCUGCGAUGGCCUGGACUGUGUAUGAGCAACUCAUGGCACUUAUGGGCCUUAAAUCCUGAACACUCCCUCACACACACACACACACACACACACACACACACACAUACACAUACACACACACACACACACACACACACACACACACACACACUACCAGAAGAAACUUUUUUAGUAUUUAAUUUAAAACAGUCCUGGAGAAAUUCAGGUCCGCCUCAGUAUUGUUUGCUUGUUGUCACUCCAGAAGCUCCACCCACUCCACACUUAUUUAUUAAAAAACUCCACUCACAUGAGGUAAAUACUAAUGCUCCACCCCUAAAACAGGCUCCAUGACAGAUUAUUGUUUUUUUAGACCGAUAUUCCGUUUUAUAUUAUUUACAUCUGUUUUUUCACUACAUUAUAUUUUUGGAGUUUUUAUUCUCAUUAAAAAGUGAUCACUUUCACCACUUUA